CUCUCGGGGCUACGGCAGUCGUCUACGCGACGUAGCCGCAAGCGCUACGCUGCUUCGUAGCAGAAUUCCCAACACGUGGACAAAUUCAGCGAGUUUAUUAAUUAUUAACUUCAAGACUGUAGUUAAGUGAGAUUGUUGCUAAAUUAUUAAUGUGUCAAAGUUCAAUCUACACACAUAGAUUAAUUAUUUAAGUUAAUUAUAAAGUGUCUCGUAGUCGUUCAUCUAAAUUAGCAAUAUAUUGAUACUAUUGAUCGUUAUUGAUGAUAUUGUAAGAUAUAAUGACAAUGGUGGCAUCAAUGUGGUUCUUGAGUAUUUUGAUUCUUCUAAUUGUUGACACGAGGACUGGAGCUUUGCCACAUGCAGAUGUUGAGAGCCGUCACUGUCAUCAAUGCAACUCUACAAAUUGCGACCAGCUGCAUACUGUUCAAUGUUUGCCGGAUCAGCCACACUGUGUCACUAUUGCUACAGCACCUAACUUCACAACAUCUCUCUCUUGUGGGAGCGCACAAGAGUCCACCUGUAUUUUAGAACACAAAGCUGAACAAUUUCAGUUGACCUGCACAUGCGAUGACAAUCUCUGCAAUGCGCCCUACAAUCAACGGCUACGGAACGAACUACUCAAUUUUUCAACGAACUUUCCGGCAAACAGCACUGCCAAAUUGACGGAAACAUUUUUAAAACUCUCAACAUUCGCCAACGUUAGUGACGAAGCACUUUAUGAAAAGCUUACUGGUAACACUACUUUAACAACACCGAUCCCUACAACGAUUUCUACACCCGUAGUAGUUACAAAAUUGGCAUCCAAUAAAAACUCUUCAGCUGAAAUAUUGAAACGAAAUGUUUCGGUGGAAUUACUUCCUAGAGCUGAGGCUUUAAAGCACGAAGCCACAGUUCCACCAGAUGAUGAUGAAGAUGAAAGUGAAGGAAGCGGAACGUCAGUCGAUGAGUCCAAGGCUAAUGAGCACGCCGCACCUGCCGCACCCAGCUCCUAUCUCCCAGCUAAUGGUAACAGUGCACAAACUCUCAUGUUCAAUAGCUUCCUCUUUCUAACCUCACUUUGUCUGCACUCCAAAUUGUAAUUCAAAACUCAAAGAGUAAAACAUUCAGAGAAUUUAUCGGUAUUGUUGACCUGCGUAAGGGAACAAAUAAAUUAUAUUCGUGUAUUUUCAUUAUUUACUUUAGAAUUAUUUAAAAUGUCCAAUGAACGUAAGUGAUACACGUAUGCAGAGAAAAAUGUUUAUUGCAAUAAGUUAAAAGCAUUUUACAAAGGUAGGUAAUACGAAUUUUACGAGCCAAGUUAUUCACUGUAGACCUUCGCGAAAAUUUAACUUUUCUCCUGAGAGCUAUGAGCGUGACACUUAAACCGCUCCACACUUUCGCGAGGAAUUUAAAUAUAGAAAGAAACAUCGGUAGUUAUAUAAAAUAUUAUUAUAGAAAUAAAUAACUGAACGAUUGAAUAGUUCGUUAUACUUUAA